UCCAAGCUCUCGCGGUACCAAACACCCCCUCCUUGUCUGUGCGAUUUGGAGAGAAACCAGGAACGUUCCAAUAUCCGAAACUCGUGCCUCGUGAUUGCCGCCUCGUGGUUGGAACCCGAGCAUCCUCGUCGUCCUCGUGAAACCGGCUACCAACCACCGACACUUUCGCCCUCGAGACGACAGGCUUCAAGAACUCUCCGUCGAAUCCACUGUCGGACAACCUUCUUUGCUCGACCUUCGAUAUCCGCUCUUCGUAGACAUGACAACGGCCGUGGUGUACAUCCAACGAUGCAUAGUUCUCUUCGCCAUUUUUCUCUGCUACUUUCAUGUUCAGGGUGAAAGCGUGGAUUGCGAAUUGUACCCGUUCCAUCACACCUGCAGAGGCACAAUGUCGCGGAAACGCGCAAUGUUUCCGAUUUUGUACGGAUCGGGUUGCGAUGGAAGUAAAGGAAGUCUAAACUGCAUCAGAGAAUUCGAAGACAGACGUCGCAUUCCUUAUGUUCCAUUGUCCAAAUCGAGAUUCUUGAUUGCCCUGCUCGAUAACGAUCUACCAAAAGACGUUACCUAUAGUGCACGGCAUAAACAAAGGAAUAACGACAUGGACGAACGAAGGCUACCCCUAAUGGAGACCUUUCUGUCAGAAUUGGAAUCAUCGGACAGCAACUAUUAAAUGGACUGAUCGGAAAAUAAAUAUUUGCUCGACUCGCGCAAACAUUUUUCAUUAAUCGAAUUUUCAGAAAUGUGUGUUUUGUCGUCUUUCUAUACUAUUUACAUCGAAUAAAACUCCCUCCCCCUUUCCCUCUUUCCGAAAAUUCUUCCCGUCUAUCUGUACCGCUCGUGUCCCUUUUCUCUCAAGCUGUCCUUUAAACGUCCCUGAACUGAGAUAUAAUUGUAUCCACGUUAUUAACAAUACAAUAUGUGCUACAGCAUCAGAAAAUACAUUUGAAAUUCGCAACAAUUCCUUAGACUGUCCUAUUAAAAAAGAAAGUACGAAAUUAACACAUGUUGACGAGAUCGGAAGUCCCACUACAUAUGUAAUACAAUCGCCGUGCAUACAUGUG